GAUGUCCGAUGACAAAAUUGCACCGGACAAAACUGACACAGAAAAAAUGGAAGCAUCUGAAAUGAAGACUGAUUCUGGACCUCUAUAUCCUCAAAUCACUCCAGUUGGUCCAGACACAUUGAAACUAUUGGAAAAAGACCUUGAAAGGUUAAAUAUAAAAACUGCAUCUUCACAGCACAAUGUUUGUACGGAAAAUCAAAAGUCAAAACAGUUUGAGGAGCCGCGUCCUCAGGAGUCUGCACCUGCCAUGAUUUCUAUGAAGGGUGUUGUGGAGAAAGCUGCUAAAUCUAAAAGUGAACCGACUCUGGUUCGCAAGUUUCAGCCUCUCACUUUGGAACAACUUCAAAGCUUAUACUACAACCCGGAGCUGGUCAACAAUAUCCAUUUCAUCGAUAAGUUUGUGCAGCAUGAGGCAAAAAAGGAAAACCAUGAAUUCCUGGAGAUCUUAACGAGCUAUCUCAGUGCUCGUCGACAUUUCCAGCAGGCUGACGGAGAGAUUGAUGCACUACGGACAAACUACUCACAAAUGUUGGAACAAGUGUGGACAACAGCCAAACAUUCUAUCAAUGCUAAAGGGCCUUGUGGGGAUGGAUCCCAGUGUAAAACUACCCAUCUCUACGACAUGUGCGAGUUCAGUGAGACAAAUUUUGGAAGCAUGAAGCAGAUACUUGAGUCUAUACGUCACAACAUACAGAACCAAUUUGCCUUGUACUCAUAUUCUGUACAGCUGGCAAAGUAAGUCAUAGUAACAGAUGGAUCUUGUAUUGUAAACAUCUGGCAAGAUUUAUCAUGUAACCUAGAGAAUGUUUUACCCUUAGAUCUUUCAAUUUAUAACUUGGGGCUGCAGUGGCCAAGUGGGAAAGGCAUCUGACCGUCUAGAUCGUUAGCCAUCCAACACUGGAUCGCAAGUUUGAGGCCUCUGUGGAGCAUUCACCAGCUAAUUCUUAUUCCAUACUGAUACAGCUGUCAUGGUAUUUUAUACAACCUAAAAUGUAAUAUUUGUAGAUAACUCAAAUUCCAUACAGCUGUCAAGAUAAGUGGUAUAACAAAUUGAAGAGAAUAUUUGAUCUGUAGUCCUGUAUAUGUAGCCUAUAUUAACAUUGUGAACAGUCCACAAGCUUAAUGUUGAUU